ACUAAUUCAAUCUUCUGUAUCCCUUUUCAUUGCGUAUCCACUCGUCCUCUUUAGGAGAUUCCAAUUAUUUUCCAUUAAUGUUUUGUACUGUAUGGGAUAUAUCUGCGUUAAUGUAAAUUGUAUAUCAAGAUGGCCUCCAAGAAUGAGGAUACAUUGCGAAAGGAGACGGUGGCUUUAAUGGAAGCUCUGCUUAACGGAGGAAUCAAGGUAAAAUCUGCUGCUGAGGUUGGCAAGCGUGCUGUUGAAUAUACUCGUGGUGACGAAAUUUCCAAAUGGAUUGAAGCCAAUAAAGAGACGGUGUUUAAGCUGUGCCCAAAUAUCUUGCGCGACUUAGAUAUCACUCAUGAUGACAAUGUGCUCGACAUCUGCAAUGUUUUGAUCGAGGCUGGAUUUAUCUACCGAGCUCAGUAUCAACCGAUAGAGGGUACUAUAGAGAAGACAUCAUCGGGUUCAUUCCGCCGCCCAAUGUGGCCGAAGCGGUUGAUCAAAACAGCGAAGCAAGAAUUUAAUCCUGUUGGGUUUUACAUCAUUUCAUACGAAGGCAACCAGCGUUGGAACUAUUUGAUGUUGACUGCCAUGAUUGUUGGCAUUUUUUCAAUCUGUAUGUUCCAAGCAUGGCCCCUUGCUCUGAAGCUUGCUGUUUGGUAUGCUUCUGUAGUGUUGUUAUCGAUUCUGUUUACACUGAUUAUUUUGCGUCUGAUCCUCUUUUUGUUAUUCUGGUUCUUCGGAUACGACUUUUGGCUAUUCCCCAACCUUUUUGAUGAGGAUUUGGGCGUGAUUGAUUCUUUCAAGCCUCUACACAGCAUUUGCUAUCGCAACGACGCGACCUAUAUGUUAUGCUGCCGUGUAUUGUGUUCUAUUGUGCUAGCAGCCUCUAUCAACGAGUUGAGGAAGACUCAUGAUCUUAAGGAUGUUGGUGACUUUGCAAAGCAAUCUUUUAUGGAUAUUAUUGAAUGGGGUCAUAAUAAGUUGACUGCUGUUCCUGAAGAGCCAUCCUUAUACAAAUCCAUUGGCAUGGAUUUAGAGACCGAAUUCAACUCAACGGAACGCACUGAGGAGGCCGGAGAAGACAAUUUGGAUGAUGAUGACUACAAGUGCCUAUUGGCAUGCGGGUAUAAAUCGCUUCACCAGUUGAUGAAAGAGUGUAUGCUCAGCUGUGAAUGUAUGAGAGAGCUUCUUGAAAAACCAUGUUUAGCUGGGUGCCCCGAGGAGACUAUACGUGUAUUGACGGAAUCCAAGACAGACAUUUGCCGAAAAACGCGCAAAGGUUGAUUGAUGCAUCAUAAGUGUCGUAAAAUUGUGCGACUUUUGUGUGUACGGCUCACGCGUUGUGAGCUUGCGCGAUCAUCCCGCCGUAAUACCUCGCUGGUGGCACAUAAA